AUGAACUCCACCGGCGACGAUGACGCGAUAAAGAUCUGUUUAAUUGGGGAUUCAUGUGUUGGGAAGACAUGUUUGGUCAACCGGUAUGUGACAGACGCAUUCGAUCCAAGUGAGCGUGAGACGGUAGGUGUCAACUUUAUAUCGACGAUGGCUGUGAUCAAUGGACAAAGUCAAAAAGUGACGAUAUGGGACACUGCAGGACAAGAGAAAUUUCGGAGUAUGAUCGACUUGUAUUUUCGAAAAGCUGCUGGUGCUGUCGUGGUGUAUGAUGUGAUGAGCCGCGAAUCUUUCCAACAUUUGGGGUAUUGGAUCGACCGAGUGCGGAGUGUCGAGCCGGACGUAUUUAUCAUGGUUGUUGGAAACAAAGUUGACAAGCCGACAAAAACAGUGACCACACACGACGGCGAGAAAUUUGCAAGUGACAAGAAUUGUAAUUUUAUGGAGGUGUCUGCGCUUGACGGGACGAAUGUCAAAAAGAUGUUCCAGACGAUAUACGACUCGUUGAAAUUGCCUGAAGUGGGGAGUGCGAGUGUUAAGCUUUCCAAAACCGGAACUCCGAGCGGAGGGUGUUGUUAG